AUGAUUCAAGAGCACAUGAGGAUAUUAAGUUACGCAAAAAACGUGCGAAAGCAGCUGGAAACUUCUAUCAGAACGCCACUCAUUAAUAACUAACCACUUCUACCAGUAAACCAGAGAGUGUAAAUAGUUUUAACUUACAGUACCUGACAGGAUGUCAGUUAUUGAGGAGGAACGGGUUCGCGGCGCUGUUUUUAAGGACAUUAAUGCAGAAGAUGAAGAUCAGCAACCUACAGUGAUCGAGAGUUUGUGCAUGAACUGUUAUGAAAAUGGAAGCACGCGUCUACUGCUUACAAAGAUCCCUUUCUUCAAAGAAAUCAUCAUCAGCUCUUUCUCAUGUCCACACUGUAACUGGACCAACACAGAAAUCCAGUCUGCUGGUCGGAUACAAGAACAGGGCGUGCUGUACACCUUACAAGUGAAGACCAAGGAGGACAUGAACAGAGAGGUUGUGAAGUCUGACAGUGCGUCCACCAGAAUUCCACAACUUGAUUUCGAAAUUCCUGCUUUCACACAGAAGGGCUCUUUGUCGACAAUCGAGGGCCUUCUGGACAGAGCAGUGAUGGGUUUAGAACAAGACCAACCUAUUAGAAAGGCAACAGAUCCAGCUGUAGCUGAAAAAAUAGAGGAAUUCAUCCAGAGGUUCAAAAAACUUAAAGAAGUAGAAGAGGAAUUCACAUUAAUUAUUGAUGAUCCAUCAGGGAACAGUUUUAUUGAGAACCCAUUUGCACCUCAGAAAGACACGGCUCUCACUGUCACACAUUACAAAAGGACACCUGAACACAACGCUGCACUAGGAAUAGAGGCAGAGGAAGAAGAAAGUGAUGAAAAGCCUGGCAAUGAUCUAGAUGCAAUGAGAAAUGAGGUAUUAGUGUUCAACACUAACUGCCCAGAAUGCAACGCCCCGGCCAAUACAAACAUGAAGCUUGUUCAAAUUCCACACUUUAAAGAGGUCAUUAUAAUGGCCACUAAUUGUGACAGCUGCGGACAUCGCACCAAUGAGGUGAAAUCUGGAGGAGCCACAGAAGAGCUGGGAACCAGAAUAACGCUCCACUUAACCGACCCUUCAGAUAUGUCCAGAGACCUGCUGAAGUCAGAGACGUGUAGCGUGUUAAUUCCUGAGCUGGAGUUUGAGUUGGGGAUGGCAGCUCUUGGAGGGAAGUUCACUACGCUGGAAGGACUUCUCAAGGACAUCAAAGACCUGAUUGUUUCCAAAAACCCCUUCAUGUGUGGAGACAGCUCUACAGCAGAUAGAGCAGAGAAACUGGAACUCUUUGGGCAAAAGAUUGACAAGAUAAUAGCAGGGGAAAUGGAUGUGCACAUUAUCCUGGAUGAUCCUGCAGGAAAUAGUUAUCUUCAGAAUGUUUAUGCGCCAGAUCCAGAUCCAGAAAUGAAGAUUGAGAAGUACACCAGGACCUUUGAGCAGAAUGAAGACUUGGGGCUGAAUGACAUGAAAACAGAAGGGUACGCAGAGAAAUAGGCUUAAAGUUAGAGAAAAAUGGAAAUGAUAUGUUAUGACAAAUUCUGUCAAAGCCAUUAUAUAACAUUAUUUAAUUCACUUUUACAUUUAUUGUAAUAUCUCAUGUUAUUAGCACUUCUGAAAACCAUAAUGUCUUUUAAAGGCAGCGUUAUGAUUUGAAAAAGGAAAAAUAAUUAUUAUUUUUGCUUGAGUAAGUGCAAGGUGCUGAAUUUUCCUUGCUGUGUAUGACAAAAUGUUUAAGUUUUGGUCAACUUGGCUAUGAAGCUCUUGUGUUAAUUACCAGUGUUACAACAGAAUUGUUAUAAAGUUUUUGAAGUACUUAAAACUACAGACAGUUAAUAAAGUAGUCUUAAGCACACUGGAUGUGAAUUCUUUGGACGCAUUUUCAUGUAAUUGGACUGAAUUAUAAAGGCUGUAAUAUAAUAAAGAGUUAUGUUUGUACAAUAAAAUGGUAUAGUAUAA